CCGCGGAGGGAGCCGCCGCCACCGGGUCGCCCGUGAAGAGAAGGUGGUGGCGGCGGCGGUGAACAUGUUUUCAGUGAGGAUAGUGACUGUCGACUACUACAUGGCCAGCCCGCUGCAGGGGCUGGAUAUCUGCCAAUCCCCGCUCACGCAGGUCCCUGUCAAGAAGGUGCCGGUGGUGCGAGUCUUCGGAGCGACCCCGGCAGGUCAGAAGACAUGUCUUCAUCUACAUGGCAUCUUUCCUUACCUCUAUGUGCCAUAUGAUGGUUAUGGACAGCAGCCAGAAAGUUAUCUUUCUCAGAUGGCAUUCAGUAUCGACAGAGCACUUAAUGUGGCUUUAGGCAAUCCAUCUUCUACUGCCCAGCAUGUGUUCAAAGUGUCAUUAGUAUCAGGAAUGCCUUUUUAUGGUUAUCAUGAGAAGGAAAGACACUUUAUGAAGAUCUAUCUUUACAAUCCUGGAAUGGUGAAAAGGAUAUGUGAACUUUUGCAAAGUGGAGCCAUAAUGAAUAAAUUUUACCAGCCUCAUGAAGCACAUAUUCCCUACCUCCUACAGCUCUUCAUUGAUUACAAUCUUUAUGGAAUGAAUUUAAUAAAUCUGGCUGCUGUCAAGUUCCGAAAAGCAAGAAGGAAAAAUGAUACAUUGAUUGCAACUGGAUCACCCAAGGAUCGGUUAUCAGGAAAUUCCUUUGCUGGUACUUUCUUUAGGUGGGAAGAGGAUGAAAUACCAAGCUCUUUGAUACUGGAAGGUGUUGAGCCACAGAGUACGUGCGAAUUAGAAGUGGAUGCUGUAGCUGCUGACAUCUUAAAUCGACUGGACAUUGAGUCUCAGAUUGAUGGAAACCCUGGUCUGCAAGCCAUCUGGGAAGAUGAAAAGCAACGGCGAAGAAAUAGAAAUGAAAGUUCUCAACUUAGCCAACCUGAGUCACAAGAUCGCAGAUUUGUGCCAGCAACAGAAAAUGAAAAAAAAUUUCAGAAGAGACUUCAGGAAAUUUUCAAGCAGAAUGAUUUCUCCGUCAGACCAUUAUCAGGAUCUGUGGACCUCAGUGAUGGAUCCCAGGAGUUCUCUGCUGAGUUAACGUUGCAUUCUGACAUUCUGUCUCCUGAAAUGCUUCAGUGUACUCCAGCCAAUAUGAUAGAAGUCCACAAAGACACAGAGUCAACCAAAGGUGACACCACACAUAAAGUCGGAGAAGCCCUUAUUAAUGAAGAAGCAAUUUUGAACCUCAUGGAAAAUAGUCAGACUUUUCAGCCUUUAACUCAGCGAUUGAGUGAGUCACCAAUUUUUGUGGACAGUAGUCCUGAUGAGGCUCUGGUGCGUCUUCUUGCUGGAUUGGAAAGUGAUGGAUAUCAGGGGGAUAGAAGUAGGAUGCCAUCGCCAUGUCACUCUUUUGGAGAUAGUAAAAAUCCCCAAAAUAGUGAUGAUGAAGAAAAUGAACCACAGAUUGAAAAAGAGGAAAUGGAGCUUAGUCUGGUGAUGUCCCAAAGAUGGGAUAGCAAUAUUGAAGAACAUUGUGCCAAAACAAGUUCACUGUGCAGAACUACUCACAGAAGUUCAACUGAAGAUGAUUCAUCUUCUGAAGAAGAAAUGGAAUGGAAUGAUAACAGCUUGCUUCUUGCCAAUCUUUCUAUACCUCAGUUAGAUGGAACUGCAGAUGAAAAUGGUGAUAAUCCAUUAAACAACGAAAAUUCUAGAACCCACUCUUCUGUAAUUGCAACAAGCAAGCUAUCAGUAAAGCCCUCCAUUUUUCAUAAGGAUGCUGCUACAUUAGAACCCCCAUCUUCUGCUAAGAUUACCUUCCAGUGUAAACACACAAGUGCCCUUUCUUCCCAUGUUUUGAACAAGGAAGAUUUAAUUGAUGACCAUCAACAACCAAACAAUAUAGAGAAGAAUCUGGAUAACUCAGUCACUUCUUUUACAAAUGAAAGCACUUACUCACUGAAAUCUUUAAAUUGUACUGUCCAUUCGGAAAAUUCUCAUAAAGAAAGUGGUAAGAAAGAUACCCUUCCAGUAUCUUCCUGUGAAAGUAGUAUUUUUGAUUAUGAAGAAGAUAUUCCAUCUAUUACAAGACAAGUACCAAGUAGAAAGUACACAAACAUUAGAAAGAUUGAAAAGGAUGCUCCUUUUAUACAUAUGAGCCGUCACACUAUCGAGAAUACAUUGGGAAAAAAUUCUUUCAGCUUUUCUAAUUUAAGUCAGUCAAAAAAUAAGUUGCCCUCUGAUGGACAUGAAAAAGGAAACAGCACAGCUCUGAAUAGUUUCUUUCCUUCAUCAUUAACUGAAAAUUGUGAAUUGCUUUCAUGCUCGGGAGAGAAUAAAACUGUGGUGCACUCUUUUGAUUGUAUUGCUGAUGAGAGUGGACUAAACAAACUUAAAAUAAGAUACGAAGAAUUUCAAGAACAUAAAACAGAAAAGCCAAGUCUCAGCCAGCAAGCAGCACACUAUAUGUUCUUUCCCAGUGUUGUUCUUUCUAAUUGUCUCACUAGACCACAGAAAUUAUCUCCUGUAACAUAUAAACUACAACCUGCCAAUAAACCAUCCCGGUUAAAAUUGAAUAAAAAGAAACUUGUGGGUCAUCAGGAGACUUCCAUCAAAAGUAAUGAAACUGGAUCCACAAAAGAUUGUUGUGUACAAAAUAAUCCAUGUAACAGUAAUCCUGAGAAGGAUAAUGUGUUAGCUGGUGAUUUAGUUAAAACCCCCCGUGGAGCUUUUGAAAACAAAACACCUACAGACAGUUUUUUAGACUGUCACUUUGGAGAUGGAACCUUAGAAACGGAACACUCCUUUGGACUAUAUGGAAAUAAAUAUACACUUAGAGCCAAACGCAAGGUAAAUUAUGAAACGGAAGAUAGUGAGUCAAGUUUUGUAACACACAACUCAAAAAUUAGCCUACCUCAUCCCAUGGAAAUUGGUGAAAGUUUAGAUGGAACUCUCAAAUCUCGAAAACGAAGAAAAAUGUCUAAAAAGCUACCCCCUGUCAUUAUAAAGUAUAUUAUUAUUAAUAGAUUUAGAGGGAGGAAAAAUAUGCUUGUUAAGCUAGGAAAAAUAGACUCUAAAGAAAAACAAGUAAUAUUAACAGAAGAAAAAAUGGAACUAUAUAAGAAGCUUGCACCUUUGAAAGAUUUUUGGCCAAAAGUUCCUGAUUCCCCUGCAACCAAAUAUCCCAUUUAUCCACUCACACCAAAGAAGAGUCACCGAAGAAAGUCAAAACAUAAAUCUGCUAAGAAGAAAACUGGUAAGCAACAAAGGACAAGUAGUGAAAGUAUUAAAAGAACUUUAUCUUUUAGAAAAAAACGGCCCCAUGCUAUUCUUUCCCUUCCCUCACCAUCUUACAAUGCUGAAACCGAAGACUGUGACUUGAAUUAUAGUGAUGUUAUGUCUAAACUAGGUUUUCUUUCUGAGAGAAGCACAAGUCCUAUAAAUUCUUCUCCCCCUCGCUGCUGGUCUCCCACAGAUCCAAAAGCUGAAGAAGUUAUGGCUGCUGCAGAAAAAGAAACAAUGCUUUUUAAAGGUCCUAAUUCCUAUAGUAGUAAGACUGUUAACUCUCGUGUAGGAAAAAGUAACCGCACGAGAGUGCAGGUUAAAAAAUCAAAAGCAAAGCAUGUCAAUCCCUCUGUAGUUGCUAAAAAAAGGAACAAGCGAAAUCAAACAAAUAAACUAAUAGAUGAUGUAACAAAGAAACCGAGAGCGAAACAGAAACAAAAAACAAAUGAGAAAAGUAAAUCAAGAAAGCACAUAACUCUUAAGGAUGAAAAGAUAAAAUCUCAGUCUGGUGCAGAAGUUAAAUUUGUGUUGAAACACCAGAAUGUAUCUGAACCUACAAAUAGUUCUGGAAGUUCUCAAGUACUUUUUAAACAGAAAGAGGUGUCACUAACAGGCUGUGCUACAGAUCAUCCCCUUUCUGUUCCUCAGUCCACUGGAAUCAGUGCACAACAGAAACUGUCUGGCUGCUUUUCUUCUUUCUUAGAAAGUAAGAAGUCUGCAGAUUUGCAGACAUUUCCUAGUUCACGAAAUGAUUUGCAUUCGUCUGUUGCUUGUAGUUCUAUAGGCUCUGGAAUCUCAAAGAUUAAUAUUCCAAGAUCUCAUAAUCAGAAUGCUAUGUUUGCUCUAAGAGAAUCAACCUUGAUUCAAAAAAAUAUAUUUGACCUUUCCAAUCAUUUGUCUCAGGUAGCACAGAGUACACAGAUACCUUCAGGUAUAAUGUCUCCAAAGACAGAAGAGAGUGCAAAUUUACAAAAAAACUAUUUGUCAUCCAUUGGAAAGUUAAAUGAAUAUCGCAGUUCCCUAGAAGCAAAGCCAGACCAGGUCUGUGCCCCUAAUUUUUUGCAUUGCAAAGACAGUCAGCAGCAGCUUGUGUGCAUGGCAGAGCAAUCAAAGCACAGUGAAACUUGUUCUUCAGGAAAUGCAGCUUCAGAAGAAAGUCAACUGCCAAAUGAUUGCUUUGUAACUUCCUUAAGAAAUCCAAUAAGACAAAUAACCUGGGAGCAAAAACAAAGGGGCUUUAUUUUAGAUAUGUCAAACUUUAAACCUGAAAAGGCAAAGCAGAGAUCACUGUCAGAAGCGAUUUCACAAACCAAAGCACUUUCUCAGUGUAAAAAUCAGGCUGUGUCAACACCUUCAGCAUUUGGUGAAGGACAAUCUGGACUGGCAGUUUUAAAGGAAUUGUUACAAAAAAGACAGCAAAAAGCACAAAAUGCAAACAUUAUGCAAGAUUCAUUAUCUAAUAAACAACCAAACAAAAUUAUUUCUAGUUCCCUUGAACAUAAAGCAAACAAACGGACACGAACAGUAACAUCUCCAAGAAAACCUAGAACUCCCAGAAGUACAAAACCUAAAGAAAAAACUCCCAAAGUUCUAAAAAUAGACUCUUCAAGUAUACAAAAUUCUGGUCAAUUGGAUAAUUCCCUUUCAGAUGACAGUCCUGUCUUUUUUUCAGAUCCAGGUUUUGAAAGUUGUUAUUCACUAGAAGAUAGCUUGUCACCUGACCAUAAUUAUACUUUUGAUAUUAACACAAUAGGACAGACUGGAUUUUGUAGCUUUUAUUCUGGGAGUCAGUUUGUCCCAGCUGAUCAGAAUUUGCCUCAGAAGUUUUUAAGUGAUGCUGUUCAGGAUCUUUUUCCAGGACAGGCUUUAGAAAAACAUGAGUUUUUAGGUUAUGACAACCAGAAGUGUGAAGACAAGCAUCGUGCCUCAGACUCAACUUCUUGGAUUAGAUCUAGUCCUGAACUUUUUGAGAAAUCAUCUAUAGAUGGCAGUGAAAAUCACUGCCACCACCAGUGGAAAAAUAGCUUUCAUUCUCUCACUCCUCGAUCCAAUUCAAUAAUGGAUUCUUUCUGUGUCCAGCAAGCAGAUGACUGUUUAAAUGAAAAAUCCAGAUUGAAUAGGAGUUCAGUAAGCAAAGAAGUGUUUCUUAGCUUCUCACAGCCAAGCAGUUCAGACUGGAUUCAAGGACACACCAGAAAAGAAAUGGGACAGUCUCUUGAUUCAGUUAAUUCCUCUUUCACUACAGUACUUUCAUCACCUGAUGGUGAACUUAUGGAUGCAGCCUCUGAAGACUUAGAAUUGUAUGUUUCGAGAAAUAAUAUGUUGUCGCCAACUCCUGACAGUUCACCAAGGUCUGCCAGCUCACCCUUACAAUCAAAAAAUGGCAUUUUUGCUCCUCGAACUGCUCAUAUUCUGAAGCCACUUAUGUCCCCACCAAGUAGGGAAGAAAUUGUGGCAACUUUAUUGGAUCAUGAUCUUUCAGAAACUAUUUACCAGGAACCAUUUUGUAGUAAUCCUUCUGAUGUGCCAGAAAAACCCAGGGAGAUUGGUGGACGGCUCCUAAUGGUAGAAACUCGACUUCCAAAUGAUCUGGCUGAGUUUGAGGGAGACUUUUCCUUGGAGGGGCUUCGUCUGUGGAAAACAGCAUUCUCAGCAAUGACUCAGAAUCCAAGACCAGGUUCACCCAUUCGUAAUGGCCAAGCAGUUGUCAAUAAAGAAUUGAGUAAUAAUAGCCAUAAAAUGGUUGAAGAUAAAAAAAUUGUGAUCAUGCCUUGCAAAUGUGCCCCCAGUCGACACCUGGUUCAAGCAUGGCUUCAAGCCAAAGAAGAAUAUGAGCGUUCUAAGAAACUGCCUAAAAUUGAGCCAACUGGAAUUUUAAAAGCUGUUGAGAAUUUCAGCGCUUUAGCUAACCCUGAUGACAAACCUGUAAUGCCUCCACAAAUGGAUGAAAGCCCACGUGUACUUCCUACUACAGCACAUACUAAGGAAGAUGCGAAUGAUUCUUAUACUGCUUUACAAGCACCAAGUAGAAGAUAUAGUCAGGCUGCAAGUAAAAGCCAGAUGCUGCUACCAGUUGCCUCUGCAAAUGAUUCUGAGAAAAAUGAAGAUGAUGAUGAUAACUGUUAUGUUAGUUACAGCUCCCCUGAUUCUCCAGUAAUUCCUCCUUGGCAACAAGCAACAUCCCCAGAUUCUAAAGCAUUAAGUAAAGACAAUAGACCUUCAUCACCAAUAGAGAAACUAUGUUCCCUGGCUAUUGAGAAUUUCUUAAAGCCAAUAAAAGAUGGUAUACAGAAAAGCCCCUGCAGUGAGACUGGGGAGUCUCUACUCAUCUCUCCAACUAGGGCAAGAACUGGGAAAUGUGAAUCACUUUGCCUGCAUAGUACACCAAUUAUACAGAGAAAACUUCUGGAAAGGCUACCUGAAGCAACUAGCCUUAGCCCUUUAUCAACAGAACCAAAAACCCAGAAGUUGAAUAAUAAGAAAGGAAGUAAUACUGACACUCUUAGAAGAGUACUGUUAACUACACAAACAAAGAAUCAGUUUGCAGCUGUAAAUACCCCAAAGAAAGAAACUUCUCAGAUUGAUGGACCAUCUCUAAACAAUACUUAUGGUUUCAAAGUCAGCAUACAAAACUUACAGGAGGCAAAAGCUUUACAUGAGAUACAAAAUCUUACCCUAAUAAGUGUGGAGUUACAUGCUCGAACUAGACGGGACUUAGAGCCAGAUCCUGAGUUUGAUCCAAUCUGUGCUCUUUUCUACUGCAUCUCAUCUGACACUCCACUGCCAGAUACAGAAAAAACAGAACUCACAGGUGUAAUAGUAAUUGAUAAAGAAAAGACAAUUUCUGGUCAAGAUAUCAGAUAUCAGACUCCAUUACUUAUCAGAUCUGGAGUAACAGGAUUAGAAGUUACAUAUGCUGCUGAUGAGAAGGCACUUUUUCAAGAAAUUACAAAUAUAAUAAAAAGGUAUGAUCCUGAUAUUCUGCUAGGCUAUGAGAUUCAGAUGCAUUCCUGGGGCUAUCUCUUACAAAGAGCUGCUGCCUUAAGUGUUGACUUGUGUCAGAUGAUCUCUCGUGUGCCAGAUGACAAAAUUGAGAACAGAUUUGCAGCUGAAAGAGAUGACUAUGGAUCAGAUACCAUGAGUGAGAUAAAUAUAGUUGGCCGAAUUACACUAAAUCUUUGGAGAAUCAUGCGAAAUGAGGUGGCUCUAACUAACUACACCUUUGAAAAUGUGAGCUUUCAUGUUCUUCAUCAGCGAUUUCCCCUCUUUACCUUUCGGGUCUUGUCAGAUUGGUUUGAUAACAAGACAGAUCUAUACAGAUGGAAAAUGGUUGAUCAUUAUGUUAGCCGUGUCCGUGGAAAUCUCCAAAUGUUAGAACAGUUGGACCUGAUUGGGAAAACCAGUGAAAUGGCUAGGCUUUUUGGCAUCCAGUUUUUACAUGUACUGACAAGGGGUUCACAGUACCGCGUGGAAUCAAUGAUGUUGCGCAUUGCUAAACCAAUGAACUAUAUCCCUGUGACACCAAGUAUCCAACAGAGAUCCCAGAUGAGAGCUCCACAGUGUGUUCCCCUAAUUAUGGAGCCUGAAUCCCGCUUCUACAGCAACUCUGUUCUUGUUUUGGAUUUCCAGUCACUAUAUCCCUCUAUUGUGAUUGCGUACAACUACUGUUUUUCCACCUGUCUUGGCCAUGUGGAGAACUUGGGAAAGUAUGAGGAAUUCAAAUUUGGCUGUACUUCUCUAAGAGUUCCUCCAGAUUUACUUUACCAAAUUAGGCAUGACAUCACAGUAUCCCCCAAUGGAAUAGCUUUUGUCAAGCCUUCAGUAAGAAAGGGUGUGCUACCAAGAAUGCUUGAAGAAAUUUUGAAAACUAGACUCAUGGUGAAACAAUCAAUGAAGGCUUACAAGCAAGAUAAGGCCCUGUCACGAAUGCUUAAUGCACGACAGCUAGGACUAAAGCUGAUAGCAAAUGUCACAUUUGGCUAUACAGCUGCGAAUUUUUCUGGGAGAAUGCCAUGCAUUGAGGUUGGUGAUAGUAUUGUUCACAAAGCCAGAGAGACUUUGGAACGAGCAAUUAAACUAGUGAAUGAUACCAAGAAAUGGGGUGCUAGGGUUGUAUAUGGAGAUACGGACAGUAUGUUUGUGCUACUGAAAGGAGCCACUAAGGAGCAGUCUUUUAAAAUUGGUCAAGAAAUUGCUGAAGCUGUAACUGCUACCAAUCCUAAGCCAGUGAAAUUGAAGUUUGAAAAGGUAUAUUUGCCCUGUGUUUUACAAACAAAAAAGAGGUAUGUGGGUUACAUGUAUGAAACCUUGGAUCAGAAGGACCCAGUAUUUGAUGCAAAAGGAAUAGAAACAGUUAGAAGAGAUUCUUGUCCUGCUGUUUCUAAGAUACUUGAACGUUCUUUAAAGCUGCUCUUUGAAACAAGAGAUAUAAGUCUAAUUAAACAAUAUGUUCAGCGACAAUGUAUGAAACUUCUGGAAGGAAAGGCCAGUAUACAAGAUUUUAUCUUUGCCAAGGAAUACAGAGGAAGUUCUUCUUACAAACCUGGUAGUUGUGUGCCAGCCCUUGAACUUACAAGGAAAAUGGUUACCUAUGACCGGCGCUCUGAACCUCGAGUUGGGGAGCGCGUGCCAUAUGUCAUUAUUUAUGGGGCCCCUGGAGUACCACUCAUCCAGCUGGUAAGGCGCCCAGCAGAACUCCUGCAGGAUCCAACUCUUAGACUGAAUGCCAUUUACUAUAUCACCAAGCAAAUUCUUCCACCCCUGGCAAGAAUCUUCUCACUGAUUGGUAUUGAUGUCUUCAGCUGGUAUCAUGAAUUACCAAGAAUCCAAAAAGCCACCAGCUCCUCUCGAAGUGAACUUGAAGGAAGAAAAGGUACUAUUUCUCAAUAUUUCACUACUCUACAUUGUCCUGUGUGUGAUGACCUCACUCAGCAUGGCAUCUGUAAUAAAUGUCGGAGUCAACCUCAGCAUGUUACAGUCAUCCUCAAUCAAGAAAUUCGGGAGUUGGAGCGCAAACAGGAGCAACUUCUAAAGAUAUGCAAGAACUGUACAGGUUCCUUUGACCGACAUAUCCCAUGUGUUUCUCUGAACUGUCCAGUACUUUUUAAACUCUCCCGAGUAAAUAGAGACUUAUCCAAGGCACCAUAUCUCCGGCAAUUACUAGACCAGUUUUAAAUUGCAUCACAGAUCUCCAGGUGCUAUUUUGUUCACUGUUUACCACUAAACUGUUGUGCAUGGUGCUGUCUCAACUUUCAUUGAGUCAACAAUGUUCACUGUCUGUUAUCUGAAGACUAUGAAGACUUAUGCUGACUGAAUCAAAAGUUAUCCUUGUUGAUCUCUGAAUAGCUCACUUCUUAUAAUGUACAAAUUUCUCAUGCUUUCACCUUUUGAUCAUUGUUUUAUAAUACAGGUGUUGGAUUUGCUCCAGUAUGUGUACCAUCUUGUAAAUGCAUUUGAGUAGAUCAUGUUAACUUCCUUGUGGAAGGAACACUGAAAACCUCGUAAAGAAAAAACAUUUGUGUGUUUUCCUUGAACUUUGUCAAGACGUGUUACCUAGAGAUAUCCAUUCACUUUAUAAUUUUGACUGCGAAAUAUUUUGUAAAUACACUUUUUUACUUUUCAAACAACUAAGUAAAAUAAUGUGCAAUGAAUUUUAUACAAAUGAUUUUCAAGUUGUUUGGUAUAUUCCUUCUAGGUUUUGCUUGACUCAAAGUAGAUUUGUUAUUUUGAUCAAACUGUGCAAACAGUAGUACCAUGUGUAGCAUUUUGAAACAUUAUUUUCUAAAAAAUGCUGUCCUGCUUUAGCUAUUAAUGGGGCAUUGUGAGGAACUGUGCAAAGACAUUUUUGUUACAAACCUGUGGGCCUGUUGCAAUACUUUAAAAAUUAAAAAACUUACUCCAUUUUUGCUUGUUUUGUAUAGACAUUUCUAUUGCUUCUAAAAUAUGCCUAAAUAUUUUCUUUCUUUAUGUACUGUACAGUUAAUCUUAUUUGCCAUCAUCUUGAACACAAAAUGUGUAUUUAGAAUAUUUGUAUAACUGUAUAAAAUGAAAAAGAAUUAUGUGGUCAGUGCAUUGUUUUUUUA